CAAAAUAUUUUUAAUACAUAUGGUGUGGUUUUGUAGAACAUCGCUAUAUGCGGCAGUGUGUUGUUGUUUCAGUUAAAAUAAAGUAAGUUCGGCGGGUAACAGUCGCUCAUUGCUCGUCCGGGUAGGAGGGAAGCGCUGCAAACUAUCUCAGCAUAGAGAACAACGGUGAUUUUACAACUAUGACAACCGUGUAUUGAUUCAGAUCAAUGACUCUACUGCUAGCUAAAACUGUUCCUAUCGCUGCUUACUGAAAGCUGUUAGAGCAGAAAGCCAAUACACCCUGCUGUUGGAGGUGACUUAACUGCCGAUCAGAGACCACACACAACCACACCUCUUGUAAAGCAGACUUCUCCACCGGAUGGUUUUGGAUGCUACUUGGAAGCGGACAACUUUUUUUUUUUUUUCCGUUUUUUAACGGGAUGGAUUUUGAAAAAAACAUAACUUGGAUAUACAUUUAUGUUUUUGCUGUGGGGAUCGUUGUAAGCGUCGCUUAAAAUACUGCUUUUUUUCUGGAAGGGAACUGACAUAAAGAGCUAAGAUGGACCAAGCCAGCGGUGGGGAGGAUCCCAAUAAGCCCUCCAAAAAAAAGUCCAGUGAGGAUGAGGGUAAAAACAAAAAGCUGAACAUACACAUAAAAACACUGGCUGACGAUAUGCGCGAUCGUAUAACAAGUUUCAGGAAAACUGGGAUGAAGAAGGAGAAGCCUCUUAUACAGCACCCGACCGAUCCCCUCUCUACCCAAGUCGAACUGCCUCUGCCUCAGCCUUUGUUUGACGAGAGAUCCAUGAACCUUUCAGAAAAGGAAAUAGUGGACCUCUUUGAGAAGAUGAUGGAGGACAUGAACCUCAAUGAGGAACGUAAAGCCCCUCUGCGUGGAAAGGACUUGAGCACCAAGCGUGAGAUGGUGGUCCAGUACAUCUCAGCCACUGCCAAAUCUAUAACUGGGAGCAAAGUUCCGGGUGGGCUACGAAACAGCAAGCAUGAGUGUACACUUUCAUCCCAGGAAUACGUCCACGAGCUGCGCUCUGGCAUCAUGGACGAAAAGCUGCUCAAUUGCCUGGAAUCCCUCAGAGUGUCUCUCACCAGUAACCCUGUCAGUUGGGUCAACAACUUUGGUCAUGAGGGUCUUGGUCUUCUUCUGGAUAAUCUGGAUAAACUUCUGGACAAGAAACAGCAAGAGAAUAUUGAUAAACGCAAUCAGCAUAAACUUAUCCAGUGCUUAAAGGCUUUCAUGAACAAUAAGUAUGGACUGCAAAGGAUCCUGGGAGAUGAGCGUAGCUUGUUGCUGUUGGCAAGAGCAAUCGACCCCAAACAGACCAACAUGAUGACUGAAAUUGUCAAAAUUCUCUCAGCAAUCUGUAUCAUUGGAGAAGAAAACAUCCUGGAUAAGAUUCUGGCUGCCAUGACAAUUGCUGCAGAGAGGAACAAUAAAGAGCGGUUUGCUCCGAUUGUGGAGGGACUGGAGAACCACGAGGCCCAACAGCUCCAGGUAGCCUGUAUGCAGCUGAUUAAUGCCCUGGUCACCUCGCCCGAUGAUCUGGACUUCCGGAUACAUCUACGCAACGAGUUCCUCCGAUGCGGCUUAAAGAAGAUCCUUCCUGAGAUAAAAAAGACAGAAGAGUUGGACAUCCAGCUGAAGGUGUUCAAUGAGAACAAAGACGAAGACGCUAUUGAACUUUCCCAUCGCCUGGAUGACAUCCGUGCUGAGAUGGAUGAUAUGAAUGAAGUUUACCAUCUCCUGUCAAACAUGGUGAAAGACACCGCUUCGGAGCCCUACUUUCUGUCAAUCCUUCAGCAUCUACUGCUUAUCAGGAAUGACUAUUACAUCAGACCUCAGUACUACAAGGUGAUCGAAGAAUGUGUGUCGCAGGUGGUUCUGCAUCGCAGUGGAACGGACCCUGACUUUGGCUACAGUAAACGACUGGAUGUGGACUUCACCCAGCUUAUUGAUCAGUGUGUGGAUAAAGCCAAAGUUGAAGAGAGUGAGCAGAAGGCUGUAGAGUACUCCAAAAAGUUUGAUGAGGAGUUCAGUGCUCGACAGGAGGCCCAGGCCGAGUCUCAAAAAAAGGAGGAAAAGAUCAAGGAGCUGGAGUCAAAAAUCCAAACUCUGGAGACCCAGUUAACUAUAGAAAAAGACAGGCUCAAAGAGGCUCAGAGACUCAUCAGGGAAUCUGAAGCCAAGAUUGCUGCAGGCCCAGCUGCUCCUGGAGCACCACCUCCUCCACCACUACCGGGGGGUGCACCACCUCCACCUCCCCCACCUCCUCCUCCCCCACCUGGUGGCUGUCCUCCACCCCCUCCCCCUCCUCCUCUGCCUGGCCAUGCUUCUAUUCCACCUCCUCCACCCCCAGGUGGAGGACCCCCACCACCUCCGCCUCCCCCAGGUUGUGGCCCCCCACCUCCUCUGCCCCCCUUUGGGGGUAUUGGUGGUCCUCCUCCACCUCCUGCGUUAUCUGCUGUCAAGCUGCCUUAUGGACUGGAGCCCAAGAAGAUCUACAAACCUGAAACUGUGAUGAAGAGGGUCAACUGGUCCAAGAUAGUGCCUCAGGAAAUGGCAGAGAAUUGCUUCUGGAUCAAAGUCAAAGAAGAGAAGUUUGAAAACCCUGACCUAUUUGCUCAGCUCUCCCUCUACUUCUCCUCUCAGAGUAAAGUGAAAAAAGAUGUGAGUGAUGAGACCGAUGACCGAGUACCACAAUUCAAGAAGAAGGCAAAGGAGCUGCGUAUCCUGGAUGCAAAGACAGCACAGAAUCUCUCAAUUUUCUUGGGCUCGUUCCGCCUGCCUUAUGAGGAGAUCCGGGACAUUGUGCUGGAGGUAGACGAGGAAAGACUGAGUGAAUCACUCAUCCAGAACCUAAUAAAGAACUUGCCUGAGCAGAAAGAACUGAGCGCUCUAGCAGAACUAAAAGGUGAAUAUGAGGAGCUCGUGGAGUCAGAGCAGUUCGGCAUUGUGAUGAGUUCAGUAAAGCUGCUCCGGCCACGUCUCAACGCCAUUCUGUUCAAGCUGACGUUCGAGGAACAGGUGAACAACAUCCGGCCAGACAUCAUGAAUGUGACGUUCGCCUGCGAGGAGGUGAAGAAGAGCGAAGGCUUGAGCAAACUGCUGGAGUUUACAUUGCUUGUUGGAAAUUACAUGAAUGCUGGGUCAAGGAACGCACAGACGUUUGGUUUCAACAUCAACUUCCUGUGCAAGCUACGAGACACAAAAUCCAUCAGUCACAACACAACACUUCUCCAUUUUCUGGUUGAGAAGUGCGAAGUGGAUCAUCCAGAGAUUUUGAGGUUUCCAGAUGAACUGGAGCACGUGGAGAGUGCCAGCAAAGUGUCUGCUGAAAUCCUAAAGGGCAGUCUGACAACAAUGGAGCGACAGAUUCAGAGGCUCGAGAACGAUAUCGAGAACUUCCCAAAAACAGACGACCCACAAGAUAAGUUUGUGGAAAAGAUGUCUGGCUUCUCCAAACAUUCUCGGGAGCAGUAUGAAAAGCUGUCCACCAUGCACAAGAACAUGCAGAAGCUGUACGAGAGCAUAGGCAGCUACUUCGCAUUCGACCCCCACUCAGUCAGCGUGGAGGAUUUCUUCGGAGAGCUGGCCAACUUCCGCUUCCUCUUCAUGGAAGCUGUGAAGGAGAACCACAAGAAGAGGGAGAUGGAGGAGAAGAUCAAGAGAGCCAAGCUGGCGAAGGAGAAAGCUGAGCGAGAGAAGCAGGAGCGUCAGCAGAAGAAGAAGCAGCUGAUUGACAUGAACAAAGAAGGGGAUGAAACUGGUGUGAUGGAUAGUCUAAUGGAAGCCCUGCAGUCUGGAGCAGCCUUCCGUGAUCGGCGAAAACGGACACCUCGAAAUGGUGAUCAAAGCCCUUCCAGUCCAGCCUCUCGGUGGCCGGGUGCUAACUAUGGUAACAGAACUCUAGAUGUCGCCUCUGGGAGAAACAGACAACCGCCGUGCAGUCCUCGAAAGGUCUCGCUCACGCCACAACCCAAAUCACCAAGCUCGAUGAUUACCCGUGUCUACUACAAGACCCUAGAUAAGUGCCAAAGAGGCCUGCGAUGAGGAGGAGACGAGGAAGACAUCAGGAGGGAUAGACCACCCAUCACUGUGGCUCACAACGCCAAGUAUGGAAAACUGCCUACAGAACGGAAUAACCAGGCAUUUAGUCUUUAUUGGACACUCUACAUAUUUAUUCUCUAAUUUGUUUUAUUGCUUAAAAAUGUAUUUUGCUCUUGGAACUGAGAGAUGUUAAAUCGCUGUUUAUUUCUAGGUUUAAACCUAUAUUUUAAUCCAAAUGCUUCAGAUAACUCAGUUUUGACAGGAAGCACUGCAGUAUGCUUCAGAGACAUUCUGCCAAGAAGGACUUCUUUAAACUGCCUGCUUGUUUGGUGGAACAUUGACAGCUGUCCUUUAAACGGAAGAUGCAUCAACAAGUAUUAAUGGAGGAGAGGACAUUGUAGUAAUUCCUGUCACAUUGAAGGUAAUCUGCUCAGUAAUAAUCACAUCUUCGCACACCAACAUCACUGAGCAUGUGACUGAUGGACGUUUAAACUGCAAGACAUUGUAGUUGAUUUGAUUAUAUGUUGUGUUGUGUAAUCUCACUUUCACCCUUCAGGUGCUGGUUUGUGUCCUGAGGUUGCUUUUGCUGUUACCAUUAGAGGCUGACAUUUUGAAAUGCAUCUAACUCCCUGUAGGGGACAAACCAUGAACACUCAGACCUUUCUGUAGGUCACGCAGGGUUUCGGCCCGGUACACUUCAAUGUACAAAAGGUAUUCUAACAUAACGAUGGCACUUUUUCAACUUCAAGGCUUACAAAAUGACUGAGUAUGGUAAGAACACUCUGGGUUUUCAAAUUAAACUUCAGAUUUGUAACCAGGAACAUGUUUAACGUGUGUAAAAUAAGCUAUAGGAGAACAGUAACAUUUCAAUUAAGGCAUUACCUAGUUUAAUAGCUCCCUCCGAAUCUGCUAAAUUAUAAUAUUCAACUACACGUCUGAUUAGAGACACAGAUCAUUCAGGAAAUUACCCAAUUUACAAUCAGUGAACGGACCAGAUCAUGCUGACAACACGUCUCACUUCGGAAGUUGUUACUGAAUGAAGAAGACGCAGAGGUUGCCGUUUUUUGUAACGCUGAAGUAUUUCAACAUGAAGUUACAAAAGGAUGACGAAGUUUCAAGAAAGGAAAAUAAAAUGUGUUUUUUACAAGGGAUGUCAGCAGAUAACAGUAGAAUCCUGUUUAGCUGCGUAAACCAAACUGAUCAUAACAGAAAAGCCCCUGUAGAGUCACCAUUCACAUACGGAUGGGUAUCCAGUUCUAAUUUAAUGUCAGGGCCAAACCUCUGACCAAACUCAACCCUGAGUACAUGAGGUGUAACGGUAAGCUUUGAAUACACGGUCAUGCCACAUUGUUCGUUUUCACUAACUCCAUCACAGCACCACUUACAGGCCCAGGGGUUACAUAUAUAUUUGGGUAAUUUUUAGAAAUAAACAUGCUUCAACACAGGGACCCACAUCUUCCUUAAUCCUGCUCUGAUUGUUAAACCAUUCAUUUAUUGCACCUACUUAACACACCUCACAGCAAAUCAUUUCUUUCAGCUUGGGAGUUAUUUUUAUAAACUAACUCCAAUAAUCUGGAGAAUUCCAACAUUUUUGAGAAAUAGUUGUUUUAGUUUAAUGUUAAGGCAGGUGCUUUUCAAAAAUCGAUCAGUGCACCAGUACUUCUGAUGGAUCUGUGACAUCAUUAGAGCUGUCCUCUUAGAGAAAGCAUCUGACCAUAGGUUCAUUUCUUUGCAAGGACCCACUUUCACAUUUCAAUGUAAGCUAUUUAUUCAUAUAUUCAUGCCAAGGGCAGCUCUGUCCCCCUCACUUCCCUAGACUGUAAGCAGAUGGUACUAAAAACAACCAUUAAAUCCACAGGGCGGGGGGUGGGGGGACAUGACCGGAAUUACAGACAGAGGGCCACAGCAGGCCGGAUGAUGCUUGUCUUAGUGAGCAAGUCUCCAAACGCCUUCCAGUUCCCGAGCACUAAUGACAUAAGUGACCCUUUUACCAUGACACAAGUUGCUUAAGUAACACCAUAACUUUGCUUUGGGCUUUGUGUGUGUGCGCGCCUCAGUAAUCCAAACAGGAACCCAGGGAAAAUGGGAUUCAGUGGGCUUGACUCCUGGGCUGAAUAGAUGGAGAUUUUUCAUUUAAACAAUCUGCCAGCGCUGCUUAUGACGUGUCUGUUUCAUGGAGCCUCCCCUCCCUCUGCCCGCGUGCAUCUAAAAAAUGCAAUUUUACACAUCAUCUCGGCUCGAGGUGCGCCCACAACGCUCCGAGAAGUCUGCAUAUUUAAGAAGACAAUAACUCUCCGCUCAAUAUCAGGUUGGAGCCGUCACAGAGCGAAAGCAUUGAGAAUGAGUUUUCUGGAUAAGGGACUCUGGUGGCUGCUGUUUUGAGGACGUGUUGUACACAGCAAUGAUAGAGAUGCGUUGUCAAAAGGAGUGAUUUCCUCUCUGUAAUCGCUUCUCACCCUUAGUUCUUCACAACACACCUGGGCAAUUUUAAGCUUUGAAUAAGACCAGUUUUGUUUUAGAUCGCAGUCCUCCAACAACACAAAUAUGAUAAAAGGUGUUUAUACACAAAAACAAGCAGUUUUUUCUAGCUUGAUCAUACAGUUUUGAAAAAUGCGAUUCAAAACUCAAUUAACCCACAUUUUUUCUAAUACCCUCAAACUGUACAGACAUCUUAAAAAGUCUCAUUUUGGUCAAUAUUGAGGACCAGUUUUUUAAGUAGAAGACUUGUGGUGAUUAUAAGUUAUGUAUUUAUCAUCUAAAAGACCAUUUUUAAAUAAGUAGAGUAAAAUAUUUCUCAUUGUAGCUGUGAUCCUCAUGCCAUUGUGUCAAAUGAACAUUAUGUGUUUAAAUAGGAAGUAAUAGCAGGAGACCUUCGGGUCAACCAACCUGAACUGAUCCAUUAUAGUCGUGUAAAAACAGCCAAUCUUUCUGUCAUCUUUGUGCUUGUUACUAACAAACCUCUGCUGUUGAUGUGACCUACGGCACCCUUGAGAUUUUCCACAGGCUUCUGUGUAUUUUAUUGGAAUUUGUGAUAAACCAACACAACGUAGUGCACAAUGGUAACAGUUUUUUCAGAAAUAAAAUUCAUUGCAACAAAUUGCUUUCACUUAAUCAGUAACUAACACAGCAUCAUGCUGUGGGAACUCUGUUCAGACUUAAAAUGGGUGGAAAUAAAUACUGGGCAAUCCUGGAGGAAAACCUGUAGAAGCAGCAAAUGUGUUGGUCCAGCACAUGCUAAUAACUUGCACUGAAGUAUGGGGCUGUAAAAAAAUUCUGAUUUCAGUCAAAAGUUCCAUACAAGCCACUGUAUGUUUAUGGUAAUCAUGCAAGUGAGGAGGCAGGGGUAUGAAGUGCAAAGGUGUCCCUUCUGAGGUGCUUAGGGUAACCUUUAAGGAUCAUUAUCACUCACUGACCGUGCACUUUAAAAGAUACUCUGCUCAGACAAACAAAAGAUUUGUUCCAAGAUUUGUAAAGGCAACAUUGCCACUAACAGAGUGAACUAUUUGCAAAGCAUGUCUUCUGGUAAACAGUUACCAGCUGCCACAUAUCCACUUCUUCCUAUAUUGAUAUUGAUAUAGUUUGUUGUUGAUUUGAUGAAGUUCUGCUGUGGCUGAAUCAACAAGCAAAGCUGACUUUUGUUGACAAACCCUGUCUGACCAUCAUGUGUAAGCUGUCAUAUCCCUGCCUACCUUCCUUUUAUUUGUCACCGGGUAUGUUUUAUUAUCAUAAGAAACAAUUAUAUUUUUAAAAUUUUGAGGUUAUUUGUAUGCUUAGGAACACGGGCAGAAAAAAACAAAAUGGUUAUGAAGACUAUCCUUCCAUAGACUAUGUAAUGGAGAAUGGUACUAAAUAAUAACCACUUUGUUAUAUAAACUGAUUUCUGAAAACAA